CGUGUGUUCCUGAUUCAGGAAGAUCGCAGGUUUUCAUAUAGCUUUCCUGAGCCAAACUAGUCCGGCGAAUAAAGGAUGCAGAUUCUCGUGGACACUGUCGCCGGCGAGACGAUCUCCCUCAAGGUCGAUCCAUCAGACACCAUCUACAUCGUCAAGGCGAAGAUCAAGGACAAGCAGCACCUUACCUUCAAGGGGGAGCAGCUGGACGACGGCCGCACGCUGGCCGACUACGGCGUCCGUGACGGAUCCACUCUUGGCCUCCAUCUCCAUCCGCUCCAUGAGAAGAUGCAAAUCCAUGUGGUCGAGACACUGACUGGCAGGGCCAUGAACCUUGCAGUCACGACCUCAGAUACAGUCGACAAUGUCAAGGCCAAGAUUCACAAGUGGCACGGUUUUCCCAAGGAUCAACAGUGCCUCAUCUUCGCCAACAGACAGCUCGACGACGACGAAGAAGAAGGCAGGACCCUGGCGGGCCUCAACAUCCGCAACGACGCCACCCUCCUCCUCGUCCUACACAGCCGGUGUCCGAGAGGGAUGAUGAAGAUCUACGUCAAGACACUACGGCAAAAUUUCUAUAAUCUUGAGGUGAGGAGCACAGAUACCGUUUAUAAUGUCAAGGAGAAGAUUUGGGCUGCGGAAGGCAUUCCCCCGUGCCAGCAGAGCCUCAUAUUUGACGGCAAGAAAAUGAAGGAUGACCGUACCUUGGCACACUAUAAUAUCCAGAUGUAUGAAGUUCUCUAUUUUGUGCUCAACCUACGUGGUUGAAUAUUCAUGGCAUCAUUUUUGCACCAUGGGGUGCACUGCCGUGGUCUUCUUCGUACAGUACAGGCUUGUGUGAUCUGAAUAUUUUGUCAAUCUUGUAGACUGUCUUGUCAUAUAUUACAUGCCACUUAGUAAUUGAA